AUGGCGUCAACAUCUGGGUCCGAGACUACUCACCCAGUGGUCUUUUCUACGCAAACACCAUAUCCUUUACCGUCGCAACGGUUCAUGAUCCCGACAUCAUGGAGGCGAUACCAACUGUCCCAGCUUGUUAACAAGGCUCUGUCACUGCCCAAGCCCGUACCGUUUGAUUUUCUAGUACGAGGAGAAAUUCUGCGCACGACUCUCGCAGAAUGGUGCGCAGAAAAGGGGAUAGGCGAGGAAGAAACACUCGAAAUCGAGUACUUUGAAUCCGUCAUGCCACCCCAGAAAAUGUCAACAAUACCACAUGAAGACUGGGUAUCGUCCGUGUCAUGUCAAUUAUCGGGCUACUUUCUCACUGCUUCCUACGACGGACACAUCCGUGUGUUUGACUACUCCCAAAAGCUGCUCCACACAGCAUCCACGCACAGCGCGCCCAUCGCCUCUCUCUGCCUCGUCCCCACACCGUCAACUCCCUCUACGCACCUUAUCGCUACUGCCUCACACGACCUCACUGCGCGUCUGAUGUCCCUUACGCUCUCCUCUGAUGACACCGACGCAAUGCGCACCGAGACACUCGCUUCCCUUCACCUACACACCGCCCCAGUUGCCUCGGUGCAGGCAAACGCUACGGGAACGCAUCUCCUCACCGCCUCUUGGGACACGCUCAUCGGGUUUUGGGACACCUCCAUCCCCGGUGCGGACGAGGUACCUGCGGAGGACGGCGAGCGCAAGAAGCGCCGGCGCGUGGAGGAGGACGCGCCUCGUGCACGACGCAAGGCCCCUCUCGCGGUGCUCAAGUCGCACACCGCGCGGGUAUCGAAGGCGGUAUUCGCCGCGGGCGCGGGCGCGCAGGCGUACAGUUGCGGCAUUGACUCGACGGUGCGCGUCUGGGACGUCGAAAACGGGGUAUGCACGGAUACAAUCACCGCUUCCGCGAAGCCGUUUCUCGAUCUCGCCAUCACGCCCUUGGGCACAAGCGCCCUCGCUGCCUCGACGGACCGCACGGUCUCACAGUACGACCUGCGCGCAUCCUCUACGUCUGCUGUCACGCCCUCCACUGCAACUCUCAAUCACCCCGCGAUGCCGUCCUGCAUCGCCCUGCCCCCCGCAUCUUCGUCGGGCACAGGAAUCGUGACGAGUGCCCACGAGCACCAGUUGCUCACAGGUGCCUACGACGGCAUCGUGCGCCUGUGGGACCUUCGCAGCGUCAAGAGCGCGGUAGCGAGUUUCAAGACGUUCGAAGAGAAGAGCAAGAUGGAGAAGAAGAUUCUGUCUGUUGACUGGGCGAGUGGAGUUGUCUGUGUUGGAGGGGAGGGCGGGGUCGAGGUGUGGCGGGCCGGAGAAGGAGAUCGAGCGUUCCUGAGCUGA